AUGAUGGAACUAGUGUUGUAUCUCUCCAAAGACAGCGACAACUUUAGGACCGUGAAGCCACCACCCCUCGGUGAGAUCAGUGAAGAUGUCGUCCGCGUCACGCUUGAGUUAACUGCGGAGAACAUUGAGAAGCUUCGGGAGAAAGUCAAGAACGACUCACCAGCUCGAUCUCAGCUUCACUUAUCAACCUUUGUCAUCGCAUAUGCAUACUCAUGGACGUGUGUGGUAAAAGCACGUGGAGGCAACCCAAAUAGACAAGUGAAUUUUCUGUAUUUAGCUGACUUCAGACAUCGGUUAGACCCAAAAGUUCCAGCGACAUACUCUGGGAGCUGUGUGUUCCCGAUGGGCUGGUUCGAUUACGAAGCAAGAACGUUUUUGGAAGAAGAUGGUUUCGUGAAAGCAGUGGAGAUCCAUAAUGAUUCGGUUAAAGGUUUAGGUUCGCGGGGCAUAGAGUCACUUUGCAAUGAGUACGUGCAAGGAAUGAAGAAAAUUAAACCCGGUUCACAGUUUGGAAAAGUUGCCGGGUCAAACCGGUUUGGAGUGUACGUAACCGAUUUCGGGUGGGGCAGACCUGCUAAGACUGAGUUUGUCUCCACUGACCCCGAAGCAUUCUGUAUAUCAGAGAGGAGGGAUGAGGCAGGUGGUGUGGAGAUGGGAGUGUGCUUGAAGAAAAGUGAGAUGGAAAUUUUUCUUUCUUUGUUUAAGAAUGGCCUAAGCGAUUAG